UGCUUGCAUCCGGUAGCGGUCUACUGUGACAGACUGCGGCGGGACCAGCAGUUGCGAAGUCUUUGUUUGCAUGGUUCGAAUCGCAUUUAGCACGAUGAAACUGCUGCUGUUUCUGGGUCUGGUGACCGCGGCCUCUUGCUCGGGCAAUUCCGCAAACGGACCGAAAGUUACGGACAAGGUAUGGUUUGACAUCAAAAUCGGUGAUGCCGACAUCGGCCGGAUUGAGAUCGGCCUUUUUGGCAAAACUGUUCCGAAGACGGUGAAAAACUUCGUGGAGCUUGCCAAGAAGCCCGAGGGUGAAGGAUACAAAGGCAGCAUGUUCCACAGGGUGAUCAAGGACUUUAUGAUUCAAGGAGGAGAUUUCACCAAGGGAGAUGGGACUGGAGGUCGUAGCAUCUAUGGACCCCGCUUUGCAGAUGAGAACUUCAAAUUGAAGCACUAUGGUGCUGGCUGGUUGUCAAUGGCCAAUGCUGGCAAGGAUACCAAUGGAUCUCAGUUCUUCAUUACAGUUAAGCAGACUCCAUGGUUGGAUGGUAGACAUGUUGUUUUCGGCAAAGUUAUUAAAGGAAUGGAUAUAAUUCGCCAAAUUGAGCAGACAGGCACAGACUCGCGAGACAAACCACAGAAGAAUGUUGUCAUCGCUGAUAGCGGUGCAGAGACUAUAGCAGAACCUUUCAGUGUAUCUAAAGAUGACGCUACCGAGUGAAUGCAACGAUUUAUUGGCAAUCUCGCUAUUCCGUACGAUCCGUUUGUCUCAUGCGAACGAUCCUUUUGAGUUGUACAUUUCCGACAUCAUUAUGUAGUUUCUCUAAAAAAUGAAACAACAAUUGUGUAUUUCAAUACAGCAAUGAUGUAAUAACUGUCGAUAGAAAAUUGUAAAAUGUCAGUGAGUCAAAUAAUUUGGCCAUAAAGCUUUUACAUUGCCGUCACUACAAUACUAUGAAACGAAGGUGUUUCACAGGGUCAUAAAGCAAUUAUAGCGCGGCAAUUGUAGAAACGAUUGUUUCUAUUCCGGUUACAACCUCGUAUACUUAUAUUGCACAAAAGAAUUUUGUAUGUAAGCGAAUUUUUUACAUUCACAAAGAUAAGUUGUU